AUGGAGUGGCUGAAGAGGAUGUUCGGACGGGACGGUGGCGGAGAGGCGGUAGACCAGGAGCCGAGCACGGACGGCCUGGAGACGCCGCGGGAGCGCCGCCAGCGCUGGCGCAGCGUCUACGUGGUCUACUUCACCAUGUUCCAGAUGUCCCUCGGUUUCAGCAUCGUGCUUACGGGCGUUUGGCCCUACCUUGACAUGCUGCAGCCCGGAACGAAGAAGGACAUGCUGGGCGUGGCGGUGGGCGCGAGCCCGCUGGGCCAGCUGCUCCUCUCCCCACUGCUGGGCCUGUGGGCUAACCGCGCGGGCGUCCGGACUCCCCUCGCAGCCACGCUUGCUCUGUUCGUGCUCGCUUCGGUGCUCUACUCGCAGCUGCACUUGACCAGGCCCUACGCCCUCCACUGCAUGAUCGCCGCAAGGUUCCUGAUCGGAGUCAGCUCCUCGAACGUGGCGGUGGCGCGCGCCCACCUGUCCGCGGCCACUCGCGCUGAUGAGAGGACGCGCGCCGUUGCGGCCGUAUCGCUGGCGCAGGUGCUGGGCUUCGUGGCGGGGCCGGCGCUGCAGGCGGCCGCCGCCCCCCUGGGGGCGUCCGCCCACCACGGCCUGCGCUUCGACAUGUACAGCGCCCCCGGAGCGCUGAACGCCGCCCUGGGGCUGGUCAAUCUGCUGCUGCUCCUCCCCUGCAGCUUCCGCGAGAGCGACAUAGCGCUGCGCGAGGCGGUUCGCGCUCAAGGGGACCGCUCAGAGAAGGAAGUGCUGAAAUCCCUGAAGCCGGACUACGUCAGCAGCUGGAUGCUGGUCGGGGCGUUCUUCGUGCUGGUGUUCAACUUCGUGCUUCUAGAAACUCUGGCCAGCACCCUCACGAUGGAGCAGUUCGGCUGGGGCAAGGCCCAAGCGCUGCAAUACCUCGGCGCGCUCAUGUCGGCUGGCGCGCUCGUGGCCUGCCUCGUGUUUGCUGCGAUACCACCGUUAAGCAAGCUGGUGGAGGAAAGGGCUUUGCUGUUGUGGGGCGGAUUCCUGCCCACUUGCCUGGCCUCGCUGCUCUGCAUCCCCUGGGGGCCUGGGGCGCCGCCCCUCGCGGAGCCCGGAGACCAGGAGGCGAGCGGUGGCUGCCCCCAGGCGACGCAGCCCUGGUGCGCCGAGUCCAAGGCCCUCACGCUGACCCAGUUCCUGCUGGCGUACGCCUUCGUGUCCGUGGGCUACCCGCUCGGAGUGACCCUCAUACAGACCAUCUUCUCCAAGGUUCUCGGCCCUAGACCUCAGGGCGUGUGGAUGGGCGUGCUGACGGGCGCCGGGUGCCUGUCGCGCGCGCUGGGGCCCGUGUUCGUGGCGGGCGUGUACGCGCGGCUCGGGCCCGCGGCCGCGUUCUCCGCCACGGGCGCGCUCACGCUCGCCGCGCUGCUCGCGCUGCGCGCCGUCUACCCGCGCCUGCUGCUGCCCGCCGCGCCGCCCCGCCCCGCGCCCGCCGAGAUGCGCCCGCUCGCCCCCACCGCGGAGCCC